AUGGCUGAAUAUUCUAACUCAUUUUCAAAAUAAUUUAGAGAAGAUUAAGAAGAAUUUUUGAAUAUUGCCAUUAAAAAAUGGAAAUUUCAUAAGAAUUUUAAAAGAAACCUGAUAAUAUUUAGUAUAAUUGGUAUGAAUUUUGUAACAUAGGAAUAUUUUUAUUGGUUUUCGCAAUAAUAUUUUUAGUUUACAAUUUACAAAUAGUAGAAAAAGAUGUAUAUUAUGGAUCAUAAUGUACAAAAAAUGAAUUAAAUUGUGAAAUAUAAAUAGAAAUAUCAAGUGAUAUGACAGCACCAAUAUUUGUAUAUUAUCAACUGGAAAAUUUUUAUAGAAGAAAUAGAAAUUAUUUCAAAUCAAAAUCUGUUGAAUAAUUAAAAGGAAAUGUAGAUGCUGAUCUUUCUAAUUGUGGAGAUUAUUAAACUAAUUCUGAAAUGGGUAGUACUGUUUUAUAAAUAAAAAUACAGUUAAAGUACAAUCUUAUGAUGGAAGUACAUUAAAAAAGAGUGAAAAUGCCUUUCCUUGUGGUGAAAUAGCUUAUACUUAUUUUACUGAUACAUUUAAAUUAAAAAGUUCGAAAGGAGAAUUAAUUAAUAUAGAUGAAAGUGAUAUAGCUUGGGAAAGUGAUAGAGAAUAUAAUUUUAAAAAUCCAGAAGGAUGGGAAAAGUUUGCUUGGACUAAUAUAGAAGAUGGUAAAAUGUUUAAAUUGAACUAAAGAACAUUUUAUGGUUUGGAUGAGAACAGCAGGUUAGGGAAGAUUAAAAAAAUUAUGGGGAAGAAUUAAAAAUGAUUUAGUAAAAGGAUAAUAUACAUUAAUUGUUAAUAAUAGUAAUAAUUACUUUAAUUAAUUUAUUAGCUUAUGAUGAAUAAUUAUAUUCAUCUGAUAUGGUUAAAAGUUUCUUUAUGACAACUACAACAAUAUUUGGAUAAAAAAAUAUGGUUAAAUUGAUAUUUUAUAAUAGGUUCUUGUUGGAUCAUAUUUUGCUGGAGCUUUUAUAUGUUUAUGUUCAAUUAUUGUGCUUGUUGUUAUUUACUUUAGAGAUAAAAGAAGAAAAAUUAUUUGA